GCCCGAGUUGUUAGAACUUAGAACUCUUGAUCAACAUGGAAAAGGUACUCUUGGUUUAUUCUCUUCUCUUUUCUUUCGCAAUUAUGACAUGCUCAGCCACUACUUACACUGUUGGAGAUAGCUCUGGCUGGGACAUUAGCACAAAUCUUGAUACAUGGAUUGCAGAUAAAAAUUUCAAAGUAGGGGAUGCUCUUGUUUUCCAAUAUUCAUCAAGCCAAAGUGUGGAAGAGGUUACAAAAGAAAACUUUGACACAUGCAACACCACCAAUGUUUUAGCAACUUAUGGGAGUGGGAACACAACAGUGCCAUUGACAAGAGCUGGGGACAGGUAUUAUGUAUCUGGAAACAAAUUGUAUUGCCUUGGAGGGAUGAAGCUUCAUGUUCACGUAGAAGGCGAUGACAAAUCACUAGCACCAACUAUAGCACCUAAGGCUGUGGCUGGAACAGAUCAAAACACUUCCACACUUCCGCAGUCUCCUUCUUCAAAGAAAAACACACACUUUUCGGCAGGAGCUGCGAAUUGUGCAAGGGAUGCAAUUCAGUUAGUUUAUAUUGCUCUCGUGGCUGCCGUAUAUGGGAUGAUGAAGAUUUGAGCAUAAAAGUACUAUAAUUACCGAGACAGCUUUGAAACUUUCUGUUUUGAAUAUAUUAUUUUCAUAUUUUGUUAUAUUAAUUGGAGAGAAAAAAAAAAUGACAGUUUUGCUUGGUUUGGAAGAGUCAUAUACAGCAUACGUUGUACAUGAUUGUUGAACACAUUUAAAUUGGACAUGCAAAUUCAUGUUUUUAUCUGAGUAA